ACUGCAGAUGCUUUAUUAGGCUUCUAUUGCCACAACACGGGGGGGGGGGGGAAUCAAUAAGCUGCAGCAGUGUUUACACUACUAACACGAACCUGGAGAUAAUUUCUCUCAGUAUCAACGAUGAAAUUGAAAUCCCUGCAAAUUACUCAGGGUCAGGUUAUAUUAUAGAUUGGAGGACUAUACGCUAAAGCUUCAUUUAGUUACUCUGUGGUUGUGUUUCUUAUGUAGACAUGACCUCAUGUUCCAGAUAGGAGAGCCAGACUUCCUAAGCUGCUCAGCCAGACCAGGUUUUGGCAUCUCAUAGAAGUCCCAACACCACAAAAUAUAUUUUAUUAGUGUGGCAACUGGAGUUUAAAACCAGAGGAAUGUAUGGGUAUGUGUGCUGAUUCACUUAGGACAUUUGGAUAGGGACAGCUGGACUUCCCCCAGUGCUAUCCCCCUCCCUAACAUCUAACAUUUGACAGUGUUUUUAUAUGCCCUGGGUGAAUUUGAUAUUCAGGAUGUAAAAAUUGGCUUCCUAGAGAGGCAGAGUUCCUGCUGGCCUUUUCAAAAAAGUGACUGGCUUCACCAAACCAGCCAGUAAAGAGGGGUUUGUGGGUUUUUAAAAAAAACAACAAAAAAAACUCUAUUUCUUUAUAAUUGUGAUCACAGCUCAUUAUGUGAUACAGACACACUUUUCCACAUCCUUUCUAAGUCUUCUGGAUCAGCAGUUCCUAUUCACAAUCUAACCAGUUCCUCAUUGUACACGCACGGUCCUUACAAAGUUAAAAAUGCGUGCCUCCAGCUUUAAUGCUCUCUGUACACAGUGCGGUCUGCAGCAAUGCACUGAUUCCUGUAGAUAACAAAGACAGCAUCCAUUCCCAGGCUACUAAAAAGUCAGCUACUCAUCACAGUUAAAAGUCUAUUUUCCAUUGCAAAGCAGCCAAGCCGGCUGUAUCAUUAGAUCCAGGGACUUCACUGCUGCUAUUAUAGAAUAACAGCACACUAACCACUUAUUGAGAUCUUAUGGACUCAGUAGGAAGACACUGAGCAGUAAGAGUGCUUUUGCUGUUGUUGCCCCUUUUACCAGUUGUAACUGGUCUUGCAUCCCAACUCAACAGGUCAUGAGAAGGUUUUUUUUUUUUUUUAAUCACAUUGACAUUCAGUGUGGCUUUGGGUUUAUUGAGGCAAUAAGCCUCGUGGACAGGAGGUCGGAAAUUGCUGAUUCAUUUAUAGCACCUCUGUUGUUGCUAUGGAAACAGUUUGUUUCUGUUAAAUGAAAAUCCAGGAGGUGUUUUAUCCCCCUCUGUGUGCCGUCCCCUAAUUUCUGAUAUUAGAGAGGCCACAUGCUUCAUCUAAAUCAGUUUAUAGAAAUACAAUGAAGGUCUUUCUAGAGUGUAAUCUCAUUGGGGGCCCAAACUGAAAUCUAGAGAUAUUCUGCAUUUAAAACAUCUGAUUCCACUAAUGAUUGAAGACUGGGUCUCCUGAAGAGUAUAAAGGGCAGAAAAGUGAAUGCUGGACAGACAGAAUGGAAGCCUGAUGUGAUUUAUAGCGACGAAAGAGGCCAGAUAGCUUUUUUAUGGUUUUUUGUAUUUAACAGGUUAAUGAUGAAUUCGCACUCGGCUCCACAGAUCGUGGUUAACAGGACAAAUGUCCAGGAUGAGGCAGACUGUGGGGAAGGUGUAGAUUUGCCUACAGAUGACCAUCUGAUGACUUUGAAGGCCUUAACAGAAAAACUAAGACUGGAGACCAGGAGACCCUCCUACCUGGAGUGGCAAGCCCAGCUUGAGGCAGAUCGCUUCAGAGACUCAGAAACUGGGAAAGAACCAAUCACAGUUGAGCCUAAAGGGAAAGUAGUUAGGCACAAGGGGACUUCAGUGGACCCAGAUGUGUGUCAGCCCAAGUUGCCAUCAGGUGGACUCAAGGGAUUUGAAAACAUUGAUGAAGCUCUCACCUGGCUCAGGAGAGAACUGACGGAUAUGCGCUUGCAGGACCAGCAGCUGGCGAGGCAGCUCAUGCGGCUUCGGAGCGACAUCAACAAGCUGAAGAUUGAACAGACGUGCCAUCUGCAUCGCCGAAUGCUCAACGACGCCACCUUCGGCCUCGAGGAACGGGAUGAGCUGUCGGACCUGCUGUGCGAAUGCCCGGUCACCCCGGGCCUCGGCCUCUCUGCCCCGCUGAGACUUAUCGGAGUCACCAAGAUGAACAUUAACUCUCGCCGAUUCUCGCUCUGCUAGUGGUAACGACAGAAGAAGAAAAAAAUCCUGAAUACAAAAGACCCUUUAUAUACUAACUUUUCUUGAGUGCAGCCGGCCAACCGCAGUGAUUAGAUAAUGAUGAGAUGUUUUCUGUUUUUAGAGAUAAAACCACAUCACACUAAUUUUUAUGCUCACUGAAAUCAAAGAGAGAGAUUUAAGAGAUAAGGAAGAGUUUGAGUUUUAGUAAGUGUGGUGUUUUUGCCACUAAACUCAACCUUGGAGCAGAUUUCAUACUACAUGCAGUUUUUGAAUCAGUGCAAAAGCAGUGCUUGCUUCUGUUGUUUUUAAAACCAUAUUAGUACUGAUUACCUUAAGUAUUAUCAUCUACUUUCUGCCAUACUUUAUCAUGCACAGAUUACAUGUUUAUAUAUAUAUUUUCACUACAUUCAGACCUCUUUAGGACAUUUUCAGUGACAAUCACAGUCAGUAAAUUUGUUUCUACCCUGAAAGUUUUGUUGUUGUUGUUUGUUUUCAAAGAGAUGCCUUAAUAUUAUAGAGACUGAGCGCUGUAUGCUCAUUUUUGUUUGUAGAAUAUCAUGGAUAUAAUGGUUUAUUCGGUGUAAUGAUUGUCAAAUUACAUUCCUUUCCGAGCUUAGUCUCUGGAGCUUUGCCUUUUGCUCUAAUAGUAAUCAUGUGAGUUGCCCUUGUCAGUCUGAAACAAAAACAUGCUUUGUUUUCGCGGAUGAACACUAAAUUAUAACUCAUGUAGAUCUCUGUGAGCGCCCAUUGACAUGAUUAUGUGCAUCUUGCUAUGACCCCUUUUUUAUGCUGGAAUCACAGUUAUAAUUGACUAUAAUUAAAGGCAACCUUUUCUUUACAAGACACUGACUUCAGGUUAGCAUCUAUAGUACAGUACUGUGCAGAUGUUUUUCUUUAGACAUUGGAUUUUUUUCACUUAUUUUUUUGUCCAACUCCUUGUACCUUGACCACAAGGUGAUUCCCAAAGAGCUAAAACUUGGCGUGUCUCGGCAUGGUGUGCAGUGUGUUCUUAAAAAAAUUAGGAAACUGGACAAGUGUAGGACAAAAGAAGUCUUAGGUCUAAAAAUUAUCAGCAGCUGAUGAACAGUAUCUGAAAGUCAUGUCCUUAAGAAAUAGGAAAACAAAUCUAGCAAAGAUCUGACACAAGACCUGAGAGAUUAAUCUGGCCCUUAGGCUUUUGCAUCUACUGUCCACUGAAGCGUCAUCAGAAAUAGUCUCAGUGGAAGUGUGGCUGUCAAGAAGCUAUUCUUAAGGAAGGGAAACAUGAAGGAAAGGGCGUGGUAUGCCAAAUUACACAAAAACCGAACGGGAAGCCAGGGGCAACAGGUCUUCUGGAAAGAUUAAUCCAAAAUUUUAAUUUUCGGUUCAAUUGGCUUGAGCAGUUGUCAUCAAUAUGUAUGGAGGAGGUCAGGAUACAGGUACAACAGUGAGUGUCUACAGGCAGGUUUUGGGCUGCAUUUCAGCCAGUGAUGCUGGAGGUCUUGUCAAAACUGCUGGAAUUCUGAAUGUACCACCAGAUUUUGAUCUACUAUGCAUUACCCUCUGGAAAGCGUUUGAUUGGCAACAGCUUCAUUUGCCAGCAUGACAAGCAUGACAAUGAUCCCAAAACACACUGCAGAUGCAGUAAAAGCAUGCCUGGAUAGAAAAACACACAAUGGAUUACUCUCCUUCAUGGAUUGGUCUCCCCAGAGCCCGGAGUCCAACAUUAUUGAAGCAGUGUGGGAUCAUUUUCACAAAGAAUGGAACAAAUAGCAGCCAACAUCCAAAGAAGAGCUUUGAAUGUCUUUCAAGAAGCCUGGAGAACUAUUCCUGAAAACUACUUAAAGAAAUGAUAAGAAAUGUUUGCGUAAGAGAGUUCAGUCUGUGUUGAAGAAUAAAGGUCACACCAAAUACUGAUUUUCAUGCUCAUUAGAAUU